CAGCCAAUCACUGGAGAGACGCCGGGCGCGCGCGCGCUCCCUCGGGUAACGGUCGCGAGAGGCCGCUUGCCUGACCCUGACAUCGGCAGCGGGAGCGGCGGCCAGACUCUCUUGGAAGUUUAGGAUAUUUCACAGUUCUGAAUGUUAGCCACUGAAAAUGCCAGUAGAUGAUGAAGCCUCUGAAGAUGACACGGAUUCACUUUCCUCAAACAGCCCAAGAACGUUUAUUUUCCAAUAAGAGAAUAUAACAAUUUCUGUACACUAUGGAAGAGUUUGACUUGGUGAAAACCUUACACAAAACUUCAUCUUCUGUAGGAUCUGAUGAAAAUUCUCUUCAUUCUCUUGGACUGAACUUAAAUACUGAUAGAAGUAGUCCUCACCUUAGUACAAAUGGGGUAUCCUCUUUCUCAGGGAAGACCAGACCAUCUGUAAUUCAAGGUACAGUUGAAGUCCUAACUUCUUUAAUGCAAGAGCUACAAAACAGUGGAAAGACUGAUUCGGAACUUUGGAAAAACUGUGAGACCAAGUGGUUACAGCUAUUCAAUUUGGUGGAAAAACAAUGCCAAGAACAGAUAGUUGCCCAGCAGGAGCAGUUCCACAACCAGAUUCAACAUAUACAGGAGGAGAUAAAAAAUUUAGUCAAAUUACAGACUAGUAGUGCUUCCUUGGCUUCCUGUGAAGGAAAUUCUUCAAACAAACAAGUAUCUUCGGAAAGUCAAAUGGGUUUUUUUUCUCUAAGCAGUGAGAGAAAUGAAUCUGUUAUCCAUUAUCCUGAAUCCACAGAACCUGAAAUACAGCAAGAAAUGUCCACGUCACAACCAGACUGCAAUGUGGAUAGUUGCUCAGUAAGCAGUGGAUAUGGCACCUUUUGUAUCUCAGAAUUAAAUCCGUACAAAUCUAAAGACCCUAAGGAGUUCAUGGAGCACGUAGAUGUUCUCAAAGGACAGUAUGUAGCACCUGCGGUGCCGGCUGAGUCACUUGUAGAUGGUGUGAAAAAUGAGAAUUUUUAUAUACAGACUCCUGAAGAGUGUCAUGUGUCUUUAAAGGAAGAUGUAUCCAUUUCUCCUGGUGAAUUUGAACAUAAUUUUCUUGGUGAAAAUAAGGUUUCUGAAGUAUACAGUGGGAAAACAAAUAGUAAUGCUAUAACAUCAUGGGCACAAAAACUGAAGCAGAACCGACCAAAGAGAGCACAUGUAGAAGAUGGAGGUUCAAGAUCUAAACAAGGAAAUGAGCAAAGUAAGAAGACACCAAUUGAGAAAUCUGAUUUUGCUGCUGCUACACAUCCUCGUGCUUUUUACCUCAGUAAACCAGAUGAAACUCCAAAUGCUUGGAUGUCUGAUUCAGGAACAGGAUUGACUUACUGGAAACUAGAGGAAAAGGAUAUGCACCACUCUUUGCCUGAAACUUUAGAGAAGACGUUCAUAUCAUUGUCUUCCACAGAUGUGUCACCAAACCAGUCUAAUACUAGUAAUGAGAUGAAGCUACCGUCACUGAAGGAUAUUUAUUAUAAAAAACAAAGGGAAAACAAGCAGUUACCUGAGAGGAAUCUCACUUCUGCUUCCAACCCAAAUCAUCCACCAGAGGUCCUGACUCUAGAUCCUACGUUACACAUGAAGCCAAAGCAGCAGAUUUCAGGGAUUCAACCUCACGGCCUCCCGAAUGCCCUUGAUGACAGAAUAUCCUUUUCCCCGGACUCUGUUCUAGAACCUAGUAUGUCUAGUCCUUCUGACAUAGACUCAUUUUCACAAGCAAGUAAUGUCACUUCUCAGUUACCUGGAUUUCCAAAAUAUCCCUUACACACAAAAGCUUCUCCGGUGGACUCUUGGAAAAAUCAGACAUUCCAAAACGAAAGUAGGACCAGUUCCACGUUUCCAUCAGUAUAUACCAUUACUAGUAAUGAUAUCUCAGUCAACACUGUAGAUGAAGAAAACACUGUCAUGGUCGCUUCGGCCUCAGUCAGUCAGUCCCAGCUUCCAGGUACAGCCAACAGUGUCCCAGAAUGCAUUUCAUUGACUUCCUUGGAAGAUCCUGUGAUAUUGUCUAAGAUUAGGCAGAAUCUGAAGGAAAAGCAUGCUCGACACAUAGCAGAUCUUCGAGCUUAUUAUGAAUCAGAAAUAAAUAGUUUGAAACAGAAGCUGGAGGCAAAAGAAAUCUCUGGAGUUGAAGAUUGGAAGAUAACCAAUCAAAUUCUUGUAGACAGAUGUGGCCAAUUAGAUAGUGCUUUGCAUGAAGCUACUAGUCGCGUGAGAACACUUGAAAAUAAGAAUAACUUACUGGAAAUUGAAGUGAAUGAUUUGAGAGAACGCUUCAGUGCAGCCAGCAGUGCUUCCAAAAUUUUGCAGGAACGAAUUGAAGAAAUGAGAACAAGCAGUAAAGAAAAAGACAAUACCAUCAUUCGACUAAAAUCUAGACUGCAAGAUUUAGAAGAAGCAUUUGAGAAUGCUUACAAACUCUCGGAUGAUAAAGAAGCUCAACUAAAACAAGAGAACAAAAUGUUUCAAGAUCUUUUAGGAGAGUAUGAGUCCCUUGGAAAAGAACACAGGAGAGUAAAGGAUGCAUUAAAUACAACUGAGAACAAAUUGCUUGAUGCAUAUACUCAGAUUUCUGAUUUGAAAAGAAUGAUUUCAAAACUUGAAGCUCAGGUCAAGCAAGUAGAACAUGAAAAUAUGUUAAGCCUUCGUCAUAAUUCUAGAAUUCACGUGAGACCCUCGCGUGCCAACACACUAGCAACUUCAGACGUCAGCAGGCGGAAAUGGCUGAUUCCAGGUGCAGAGUAUUCCAUCUUUACUGGCCAGCCUCUGGACACCCAGGACAGUAACGUGGAUAACCAGCUGGAGGAAACCUGUAGCCUAGGGCACCGUUCACCUCUGGAAAAGGAUUCUUCACCUGGAAGUUCAUCAACAAGCUUGUUGAUAAAAAAGCAAAGAGAGACUUCAGACACGCCGAUCAUGAGAGCUUUAAAAGAAUUUGAUGAGGGAAAAAUAUUUAAAAACUGGGGGACACAGACAGAGAAAGAGGACACCUCAAAUAUAAAUCCUCGGCAAACUGAAACUUCAGUUAAUGCAAGUCGUUCUCCAGAAAAGUGUGCCCAACAGAGACAAAAGAGACUUAAUUCGGCCUCACAGAGAUCAUCAUCUUUACCACCUUCAAAUCGUAAAUCAAGUACUCCAACAAAAAGAGAGAUUAUGCUAACACCAGUGACUGUGGCUUAUAGUCCAAAGCGAUCCCCUAAAGAAAACUUGUCCCCAGGAUUUAGUCAUCUGCUUAGCAAAAAUGAGAGCAGUCCAAUUCGAUUUGAUAUACUUUUGGAUGAUUUAGAUACUGUUCCUGUGUCUACAUUACAACGUGCCAAUCCAAGAAAGCAACUCCAGUUUCUUCCUCUAGAUGACUCGGAAGAAAAAACGUAUUCUGAGAAAGCCACCGAUAACCAUGUUAAUCAUAGCUCUUGCCCUGAACCGGUGCCAAAUGGAGUGAAGAAAGUAUCUGUGAGAACAGCCUGGGAGAAGAAUAAAUCAGUUAGCUAUGAACAGUGUAAGCCGGUUUCAGUCACUCCACAGGGGAAUGAUUUUGAAUAUACAGCAAAAAUUCGGACCCUAGCUGAAACAGAACGAUUUUUUGAUGAACUUACAAAAGAAAAGGACCAGAUUGAGGCAGCACUAAGCAGGAUGCCUUCUCCUGGAGGACGAAUCACUUUACAGACAAGAUUAAAUCAGGAAGCCUUGGAAGAUCGUUUGGAAAGGAUUAAUCGAGAACUGGGUUCAGUUCGCAUGACGCUAAAGAAAUUCCAUGUUUUGCGCACCUCUGCAAAUCUUUGAGAUUUGUAGCCAUUAAAUUUUGAGACAUUUUUGUUUGCACUAAUGUAUAAUUAUGCAGUCAGAAAAGGCAAACUAUUUUGUACUGUUUAUAAGCCUUCAAACAGUAGUUUUACAAUCAUGCUAUUCUUACACUUGCUAUUUUAUACUUCAAAUGGCCACAUAUUUUCAAGAUAUUUUUGUUAUGCUCAGGAAUCUCUUGUAUAUUUUACUAUUUAAAAAGCAUUAUUUUUAAAUAGUAUAUGUCUCCAAUUUAUAUCAAGAAUAAGGAAAUAUAAACAGAGGAAGCAGCUUGUUUCUAAACAAAUAGUGUUAUCCUUUUACAAUUAACUGCACACCAAUUUUAUAAACUUGUUCUACAUUGUAAAUACAAUUCAUUUUUUAAAAAAUAAAGCUUAAUAGCUUCCAUAAUGA